UUUCAAGUCCUUGGUCAAGAGUUUGUUGAGUGUUAAAUCAAAUACAGCGAAUGGAAAAUGUUUAAUUGAGGCUAGAAAAUGGAUUUGUAGUUUUCUUCCCCCACUUUAAUGAUGCAAGAAUCCUAUUAAUGGCUUUCACGCGAAGCAAAUUUAAGGUGUCUUCAAGAUGGCAAAGAAAAACCCAUAUCACCCCACGGGGUUCUCUAGGGGGAUUGUCACUAGUGAGUUCAAUAAAAUCAUCAAUGGUUAGAAUAACAGUUUUGACAGCAUAAAUACCUAAGCUAAUCAUGUGAUAAAAAGGUAUAAAGAGACGAGUAUUUGCUGGGGUGUUCAGUAUUGAACGCGCUAUAGAGAUGAAUUCAAACGAGACAGUGAAUGGCACAGGGCGCAGAAGUGUGAGCGAAGCCGGUUGCUUCGUUGUCGACCCUUCAGCGAUCAAGGGGCUUCGUAUUUUCGCUUACUGUAUCAUCAUCAUUGUAUCUUUGCUCGGAAACGCCAUGGUUGUAGCUGUGAUCUUCAGGAACAAGUCUAUGUGGAAGACAGUGAAUUUUUUCAUCGUCAAUCUAAGCUUAGCAGACCUUCUCGUCACCAUCACAUACAUGCCAAGAAUCAUUUCUCUGGCCUACGCAGGUUAUGCAUGGCAGAUCCUAGGAGGCAUAGGACUUGUCUUCUGUAAGAUAGCAUGCUUUAACGAGGUGGCUAUAUUUGUAGCUAUCUUCACAAUCGUUGCCAUAAGCUUUGACCGUUUCUUCGCCGUGGUGUUUCCCCUUCGUCGCUUCAUGUCAGUCCCAAUAUGUCAGGGUUUAAUAUUCUGCAUAUGGAUGGCUGCUCUAGCGGCAGGAUUCCCGGAGUUCUACGCCAUCGAACUACGACUCUACCAAAGCUCGGUGUUUUGUUAUCUCGACUUGGACUUCGCGUUCGGACCAGGCUCUUCCAAGGCGUACUACAAGUUCAUCAUCAUCGGCGCGUUUGCUGUACCUUUAGCUAUAAUAACGGUGCUUUAUUCUGCCAUCAUCUUGACGCUGAUCAAGAAUCGUAACAUUCCAGGACAGUCGUCAUCUGUAAACGACGCUCAGGCGCGUAUCCGUGAAGAAUCGAAGAGAAAAGUCCUCAAGAUGGUGUCCAUAGUUGUGGGGACUUUCAUUCUUUGCUGGUUACUUUACUUUAUUCAUUUUAUCGUCUAUUCAUAUGGGAUUACAUUACCAUGUGAAUUGAUGUUCUUGAGACUAUUUUUAGCGCACUUUCAUUGCGCUUUCAGCCCAUUUAUCUAUGGAUUUUACAACGCUAAGUUCCGAGAUGGCAUGAAGAGUAUAAUCACUGGCAAUACUACCCGAAGCACGAGAAAUGAGCCGCGAGGAAAUCAAGUUGCUCCUGCAAACACUACACAAAACAACAGUGGACAAAACACAGCUUUUACGAAUAAUGGAUUUGAAACUACCUAAAAACUGUCUCCUUGUUUUACGAGGGUGGUACUAGACAAAGUACGGAGGGUUGAUUCCAAUCUGGCCUUCAAUCCCUGAUCAAUUUGGAAUUUAAAAGUUGAUUUUCGUGGAGGGACAAAAACUGGAGAGCCCGGAGAAAACACCCUCGAAGCACAGGAGAGAACCAACAAACAGCUCUAUUCUUUACGACGCCGAACCUGACAAGAAUCGAAUCCGGGUCGUCUUUGGUGAGAGACGACGCCUUAGCACCACGCGCCACCCGUGUUUCCCAUUUUACAGACUAAAAGCAAAGGCAUAGAUAAAUGGCAAAGAGCUUCGAUUGUUUCUUGUUUGUAUUUCAAAAAUAGAAACGAAAAUUUAAAAAAAUGAAAAGAAUAUAUAAAAUAUUGAGAACAAUUGUAAAAGGAUUAAUUUACGCGUAUUAUUCAAACCGUUAUAAGGCUGGCUGUAAACAAAAGCAUGCUACUAAAGAGAAUGUAUCGCAUUACAUGUUCUACAAUUAAGUAUCAUAUAGUAAAACAUGCCAAAAGACA